CUCUCUCUCUCUCUCUCCUCUCUCUCUCUCUUAAUCCUUUAACCCCCAACUCUGAUCUUAAAGCUUCUAUUUUGUAUCUCUCUUCCAACAAAAAUUUCGUCCAGAGAAGAAGUGAUCAUGACAGCUGAGGAUCAGACAAUUUCAAGUAGUGGAGGAUAUGUACAAAGCUUAUCAACAACUGAUCAUGUUGAUCAUCAUCAUGAACGUGAAUCCUUUAAUCCUCCUGCUAAGAAGAAGAGAAACCUCCCUGGAAACCCUGAUCCAGAAGCCGAGGUCAUAGCUUUAUCUCCAAAGACGCUUAUGGCCACAAACCGCUUUCUCUGCGAGAUAUGUGGAAAAGGUUUCCAAAGAGACCAGAAUCUACAGCUUCACCGUCGAGGACACAACCUCCCAUGGAAACUGAAGCAGCGGACGACCAAAGAAGUAAGGAAACGAGUGUAUGUAUGUCCGGAGAAGAGUUGCGUUCAUCACCAUCCGACAAGGGCACUCGGCGACCUUACAGGAAUCAAGAAACAUUUUUGUCGGAAACAUGGCGAGAAGAAGUGGAAGUGCGAGAAAUGUUCCAAGAGAUAUGCAGUUCAAUCCGAUUGGAAAGCUCAUUCAAAGACUUGUGGGACUAGAGAGUAUAGAUGUGACUGUGGUACAAUUUUCUCCAGGAGAGACAGCUUCAUUACACACAGAGCGUUUUGCGACGCCUUGGCAGAAGAAACCGCAAGGCUAAACGCAGCUUCUCAUCUCAAAAGCCUUACCAGUAAUAACCUAAACUACCAUUAUCUCAUGGGCACACUUAUCCCAUCACCACAACCACCACCACCACCGUUUCCGUUCGGACCACCGCAACCACCGCAACAUCACCACCACCAUUUCCCUAUAACGACCAACACCUUCGAUCAUCAUCAUAAUGACGUCAUGAAACCUGCUUCUUCGCUCUCCCUAUGGAUGGGAGGAAAUAUCAAUCAUCAUGGAGUGACCAUCGACGACGGUAUCGCGCCGCAGCAGCAGUCACCGCAAGAUGAUUUCAGUUGGAGUUUCGGGAACGCAAAUAAUCGCGGCGAGUUAAUAACCACUAGCGAUUCACUUAUCACACAUGAAAAUAUUAACAUCUUCCCGAGUAAGGAAAACGCAAACGCGGCUACUUCACUUUCCGUGCCUUCUCUUUUUAGCAGCGUCGACCACAUCACACAAGACGCAAACGCAGCUGCAUCGGCGGUUGCGAACAUGUCAGCAACUGCAUUACUUCAAAAAGCGGCUCAGAUGGGGGUGACUUCUUCUACUCCGUCGACGACGAUCACCACCAACCAAUCCACGUUUCAUCAGAGUUUUGCGUUGAAAACCUCCGAUCAGAGUCAGAUUGUAGAAGAUGGUGGCAGCGACAAGUUCUUUGCCUUGUUUGGACCGAACAGCGUCGGGUUAAUGAGUAACAAUGGUCUUCAACACGAGAACGAGAACCCUAGAAGUGGCGUUACGGUCGUCUCGGAGUUUGGUGAAUUACACAACUACCCCUUGAAACGUAGAAGAGUUGAGAGUGGGGAUGCAGGAGGAGGAGGGCAAACUCGAGAUUUCCUUGGGGUUGGUGUACAAACAAUGUGUCAUUCAUCGUCUAUCAAUGGAUGGAUUUGAUACACUCGUAUUAAAUUUGCUUUUUGGAUUUUCUCAUGCACUGUAUUUACAAGAGCUUAUUAAAGCUGUUGUUUCGUUGAUUAAUUUUAGUUUUUUUUGUAAUGUAACAUAAGUUAAAUCUUUUUUUUGAUCGAAACAUAAGUUAAA